AUGGAAGACCCGGAAGAAGUUCAGCCGGAAAUGGAAGAAAAUUUAACCGAGGAUACCAUUUUUAACCCUGAUGAUUUUUCACAAGAUGCGUUUCAGAAGCUUUUGAAUGAUAAUAACAAGGCAAUUCGUGAGUUACAAGCCAAUCAAAUGUUCGUAUUUGCGGAAAAUAUCAAGAAUUUAUUAACUUUACUUGAAAAUUUCUACCAAAAUUAUCAUGAAAAUCAAUCGAAAAUCUCAGAAAUGGCGGAAAAAGUCAAAAUUUCCGAUGGAAAAGUUGAACAAGCGAUGAAAAUUUCCCAAAACGACCACGAUGUCAUCCAAAAUCUCAAAUCUGAGGUGAAAACGGCAUGGAAACUAGCUGACGCCGCCAAUGAACGUGAACAAGAUACCCACGAAUUGCUCUUUGCCGCAAGAGAAAAGCUCAAAAAAUACGAAAAACAUGCCACAAAGUUCGAAACGACAGACAUUCAGAACGAAGAGCUGCCUCCAUCGUUGCAGGAACACAAACAAGGCUUACUUUUGGAACGCGAUCGACUUCAAGCGGAAGUCGAAGAACUCAAUAAACGUCUAAUUUUGCACCGUUUGUACACGUCAGAGGUCGAAAAGAAAGCUUACGACGCCAAACAAGAAUUUCAAAAGCUCGUUUCCGACAUGGAUGACCUCUCGAACGAGCAAUUCAAGGACAGACGUCAACUGGAACAAUCUCAGACCGCAUUGCGAGAAGUUACCGCCGAACGGGACAUUUUAACGGAAGACAUUCGACACUUUAAAAAUUUAGUUGUGGAGAAAAAUCGAUCGGUGCAACAUUUACACGACGAAAUUGCGACGCAAAAGUUAAAUUUUGAGAAAUUGAGUCACGCGAUGCAAGUAAAAACGAAUAAAAUGACGAAAUUGGCAAAAGAUUUGGAAAUUAUCACGGAAAUGAAGAACAAAUUGACGACAGAUUUUAAUGUAAAAGUCAAUUUGCUCAAAUUGAAGGAGGAUGAAAGUAAAAAAGUUAAUAUAGAAAAUGUGCAAUUAGUUAAGGAUAAGGAAAGUUUGAUGAAAAAGCUGGGAAUGGCACUUGAGAAUGUCAGUAAUCGAGAUCAGGAAAUUUUAAAAUUGAAAUCUUUUAAGACGACGUUGGAGAAAGAAGUGGAAAUUGGGACAAAAGCGAUCGAUAAAGCCACGAAAUAUGCGGAAAAGUUGCAAAAAGAGAAGGAAGUUGCUUAUCGGGAUUUGAUAAAAGCUCAAAAUUCCAUCACCGAAUUACACGAAAAAAUCUCAUUAUUGGAGCAACAGAUCAAAACAAUGGACUCCGACAUCAAAUCUCACAUCGCCACAGAACAACGUCUCAAAACCAUCAUCACUAAAACCGAAAAAGAGCGCGAUCGUCACCUGGAAGAAGCUCAAAUCAUCGAAAACAAACUCGAAAAUGCCAAGGAAGAAAUCGAGCAAAAGUCCAUUUUCAUCGCGGAACAAAAAGAAAAACUAGCCGAGAUGCAAUUAAACGUCAAUCAAGUCCAAACUUUGUUCGAAGACGCCCGCAACGAACGAAAUGUCUUCCAACGGGACUUGGAGCAAUGCAAAAAAGAGCUUUCCAUCAAAGGAGAACGUCUUAAAAACUCAUCGAUGGAAGUCGAACAGCUCCGAAGUGACAUCCAAACAAAAUUGCUGGAAUUAAUUCAUUCGAAAAAAAUUAUUGAAAAAUUUCAAAAGGAGCAACAAUCGCUCCAAGCAACAAUUCAACGCUUAAGAAGUCAAUUAGGAAAUACAAAAGACGAGUUACAAGCUUCAAAAGUGCUGAAUAGUCAAUUGAGGAAGACAAUUGUGGAAGAUGAAGAAAAUAUCAGUCGAUUACGGAAAUGCAAAGACUCCUUGCUGCAAGAAAAAGACUUGAUUGGCACGCAACUCGUCCGCAGAAAUGACGAAAUCAACAUUUUAAAGGAGAAAAUUUCGAUUCAAACUCUCGCCUUGGACCGCGGUGAAAGUCAGUACGGAAAAAGGCUCGACGACAUUCGUUUACUGAAAGUAGAAAUCCAGAAUUUGACCUCGAAAUGCGAUUUAUUGGCACGAGACGCCAUCAACACCGCCGAUAUGCGACAAGAAGUCAUCCAACUUAACCGUGCUUUGACCCAAGAACGAGUCAAGGUCAAAGCUUUAGAAGAUGAAAUGCUCACACCUACAAAUGUGCAUCGUUGGCGCAAACUGCUGGGAAACGAUCCCGAAAAACUUGAAUUACUCGAAAAAACUACCGCACUCCAAAAAUUGCUUCUAAUCAAAACCUCAGAAGCAAGCGAUCGUGAACGAAUGAUGGCCGAAUAUCGGAAACUUUUGUCCGAAAUGACGGAUUUCAUCAAAAAAGAGCCCGCCAAACGAAACGCCCUAGUUGAACUCAAUAAAACUAAACGUGAUUUGAGAAAUAUGACGAAAAAAGCGAAAGCUCUUGAAGCAGAGUUGCGAGUCACCAACGAAUUACUUGACGCGAGAGAGAAUGGCCGAUCGCUGUCAAACAACGAGGAAGAUCACGAAACUGAUAAUUUUUAA